AUGGACCAUGACUUCUUCGCAAAGCCAUUCCCAAGAACUCAACUACCUCCCCGACUGAAGCGCAGUGCCAAAUGCUGCCAGAGUUGUCGGCAAAGCCACGCUCGUUGUGAUGGGGGAGAGCCUGCCUGCACCCAAUGUCGAAAACGCCAAGUCGUAUGUCCUGGUUACCAGGCCCCAAGUGGCCGCCGGCAGCCAUCCAAAUUCCGCAUCAUUGAAUAUGACGGCAAGCGCAAAGAGCACAGGAGGAAGUCGCCCAGCCAGGAUCAGACAAAAGAGGAGGGUCUAAGACCAACACAAACAUAUCGACACGCUCACCACCGCCAGCAAAAGUUUGACCAAACAUCCCCAAAGAUCAUCGAGCUGAGUCCGCGUAGCUGUGCUGCGGACGUUUAUGACCAUUUCACCUCGCCCGAAGGCUCCUUCACGUCGCCAUGCGAAUCUGUCAGUUCAUCCACGCUUGAGAAAGUCAUGUGCUGGGUGAACACGUCUCCCCCGGACCACGAAGGACUUGCACGUGGCUCGGACGCACAAGACGCAACGAUAGAUGACUCUCUCCCCUACGGCGCACUGGCUAGACGAUGCACAAUCCAGAUCCCAGAGAACACGUUUAUCUCAAGCGAACGUGACCUCCUCGGCCGGCUUCUACGCAAUUGCUAUGUGACUUCCGUUGGACCCAUCAUGACAAUCACCAACGAGGAAUCAAAUCCAUUCAUUGAGUCAAUGAGCUGCUUUGCUCUGCAGAGCGACGCAGUCUCGUAUACUCUCAUGUCAAUUGCGGCAAUGUACUUGAACUAUAGUGAUGCCUCAGAUGAUGCGCUGAAUUGCGCGUGGCAUUUCCGCACCACCGCUAUCGUGCACCUACGGAAAGAGCUACAGGCACGCACUUUCGAGAUCUCUACAUUGGCUGGCAUCGUGAUGCUGGCAAUCACUGAGUCAUGGUUCGAGCCCUCAAAGAACGGUCUGGACCAUAUGAAAGCAGGGAUAUGGCUUCUAAAGCUGCAUCAGCACCAUGGUUGCAAUGUACCCAAGUUCAUCGUUAAUGCAUUGUGCUGGAUGGUGGCAUUGGUAGGCUUUGUGGCCGAUUGUCAAAGUCUUCCUCUUGAGAUAUUCGGUCUUGACUUCGGCAAGGGCAUUGAGUGGGACGAACGACCAGUCUCGUACGGACAGAAUGACUUGCAACAGUCCGAUUUAGCCACCACCCCCUCGAUUGACCCGCUGUUGGGAACGUGGUCCACUCUAAUGCCAUAUGUCGGAAUGGUAGGUGUCGCUGUGCGAGCGCUUCGAACUCGAGGCCUCUCCGAACAGUUGCUCGAUUCUGCAAUGUCCGUUGAAACAAAGUUGAUGCAGUGGGAGAUUGAGUCUCGAGCAUCAUCCAGUGGCUUGGAAGCACGCGGUCCCGAGUUUCAGGGUCAGCACGCAGAAAGCUUUUUGGCUAACCCGCAACCAAUAGGAUCUUGUGCAACCUAUUGUGAUAUUAUGGCGCACGCCUAUUGCCAAUCCGCUCUUCUGACUCUAUAUACUGCGUUUCCGAAUUUACUCAAGGCCAGGUUGAGCUUACUCCGGGACAACUACUCGAUAAGAGAAUACCUUCAUCAUACCGCAGCAUCGAUUGUCGACGCGCUGCACCUCAUUCCUCAGGAGAGUUCAAUAUGGCACGUCAGCUCAUUUCCAAUCCUUGCGGCCGGCUCAUCACUUGCACUUGACGUGCCUGCUAAGAGACAAUAUCUUCUCGGCUGUCUUCAGACACUGAAGAAUAGGAACAAAAUUAACCUUGUUGAUGUUCUAAGCAACACCCUGCAAUUAGUGUGGGAAAAGCAAGAUUCUCCUGAUGGCCCUGUCACCUGGCUGGAAGUGUUUGACGAGCUCGGUAUUCAAAUGCUAUUCAACUAA